AUGUCAAAUUCCCAAUAUAGUGAUCAUUUAAUUAAAGAUAAAAAGAUUGGAAUUGUUGGUGGAGGUCCAGCCGGUAUCGUCUUGACUAGAUUAUUGCAGCAAAGAGGUGCCAAUGUUAAACUAUAUGAAAGAGAUAUCGAUAGAACUGCAAGAGUUCAAGGUGGUAGUUUAGAUAUCCAUGAUGAUUCUGGACAGUUGGCAAUCAAAGACGCAGGUGUCUAUGAUGAGUUUCUAAAGAAAAUUAGACCUGGAGGUGGUCAUCAUUCGGUGGUCGACAAGUAUGCAGUCGUUCAAUUCUUAAUGCCCGAUCUCAAGUGUUUCAACAGCCGACCAGAAAUCGAUAGAGGUGACCUCAGAGAGAUCUUUAUAGAUUCACUAGAGCCUGACACUGUGAUGUGGAAUCACCAUCUACAAGAUGUCAUUAUGAAUGAAGACAACAGCGGUAUACUUCUGAAAUUCAAAGGUGGAAAAGAAGAGGUUGUCGACUUUCUCGUGGGUGCCGACGGUUAUGCUUCAAAGAUUCGACCAUUCGUAACAAAUGUAGAACCAAUCUAUUCCGGUAUACUUUUUAUUCAAACAGAGAUUGAUAAUCCCAAAGAGGUAUGUCCAACCGUCUAUUCAUGGGUGAACGGUGGCAAUAUGUUUGGACUGAGCGACGGCAAGUUUGUAGCUGCACAACAGAAAACCAGUGGGAGUAUGGUCGUUUAUUUUUCAUCAAGAAAAGAUGAAAACUUUGCAAAAGAAUCAAACCUACUUGGUAACGAUCGAGAAUUGGUGAGACAAUACCUCUUAAAAGAAUAUAGCGAUUGGGAUCCAGUGUUCUUGGACCUCAUAAAAGAAGCAACCAAAGCACCGGUUACCGUUCGAAAUUUAAGUGACACUGCAAGAUUCAAUAAUAUUAAUAACUGGAGGGUUAACUCAAGAGUAACUCUAGUUGGUGAUUGUGCUCAUGUUAUGCCACCUUUUGCUGGUGAUGGUGCUAAUAUGGCAAUGAUGGAUAGUUUAGAAUUGGCAAGAGAAUUAACAUCACUAAGUAAUAAAACAAUGGAAGAAGCUAUUGAAAACUAUCAAACAAAGAUGCUAAAGAGAACAAAAGAAUCAGGCAAUGACACAAAUAAAUCACUGGAUGAUUUACACUCACCAAGAGCUCUAGAAAGCUUUGUAUCAAUGAUACUGCCAGGACCUUUCAAAGUAUAUGAUCUUUAUGUCUACUAUUUCAAGUCAUCAAAGCAACAGACUAAAGAAAAAGAAAACUAA